GGUGCGUUCGUGGCUGCCGUGCUGUGCCUUUUCCUCUUUUUGGUCGCGUGGUCCCUCAUGGGUUUUCCUGGGCCUCUUUUCUUGUGAGGUUUCCCUGUGUUAGCUAGGUCCCUGCUUCAGACUCCAACCUAAUGCAUAGAACUUCCCUCUCCUUGCUAGCCAGUUCCUAGCUCCGCCGCCUUCGGCUUGAGUUGGAUCUUUCUUUACCUUUGGCAGCUAAGGUCAUCUUUUUCCUGGUCAGGCCCUCUCGUUCUCGAGUCUUCUGGGCCAAUAUGGCAGUCAAAUGGACUGGUGGACAUUCUUCUCCUAUUCUCUGCCUCAACGCAAGUCAAGAAGGGCUAGUGGCUUCUGGGGCAGAGGGUGGAGAUCUCAUGGCUUGGGGUAAAGAUGGAACUCCAUUAGGACACACACGCUUCCAAGGGGCUAACGAUGUUACCAGUGUCUUAUUCUCUCCCUCCUGCCCCACCAAGCUCUAUGCCUCACAUGGAGAAACCAUUAGCAUACUUGAUGUCAGGUCCCUCAAAGAUUCCCUGGACCAUUUUCACGUGAAUGAAGAAGAAAUCAAUUGUCUUUCACUGAAUGAAACUGAAAACCUGCUGGCUUCUGCUGAUGACUCCGGGGCAAUCAAAAUCCUAGAUUUGGAAAAUAAGAAAGUUAGCAGAUCACUGAAGAGACAUUCCAAUAUCUGUUCCUCUGUAGCUUUUCGGCCUCAGAGGCCUCAGAGCCUGGUGUCAUGUGGACUGGAUAUGCAGGUAAUGCUGUGGAACCUUCAGAAAGCCCGGCCACUCUGGAUUACAAAUUUACAGGAGGAUGAGACAGAAGAAAUGGAAAGCCCACAAUCAUCUGGUCAGCUUUUAAACCCUGCUCUAGCCCACUCUGUGUCUGUGGCAUCAUGUGGUAAUAUUUUUAGUUGUGGUGCAGAAGAUGGUAAGGUUCGAAUCUUUAGGGUGAUGGGAGUCAAGUGUGAACAGGAACUGGGAUUUAAGGGCCAUGCUUUGGGAGUAUCACAGGUCUGCUUUCUGCCAGAAUCCUAUUUGCUGCUUACUGGAGGGAAUGACGGAAAGAUAAUGUUGUGGGAUGUAAGCAGUGAAGUUGAGAAAAAACAGAAGAGUCCUACAAAACAUACCCACAGGAAGAAAACUAAAAGAGCAACUUAUACGAAGCAGGGUGGAAACACUAAUGCUUCAGUAACAGAUGAAGAGCAUGGCAAAAUUUUACCAAAGCUGAGUAUUGAACAUGGAGAAAAAGUGAACUGGCUCUUGAGUACAAAAAUAAAGGGAUACCAAAAUAUAUUGGUAGCUGAUCAAACUAGUUGCGUAUCUGUAUAUCCCUUAAAUGAAUUUUAAAUCCAAUAAAAACAUUUGAAAAACUGCAGCAAAACUUUUUUUAGGUUAAAAAAAAAUCCUGAUUCUUUGUUUAAAUUGUCAUAUGUAGAAUAAUACUAUUCCAUUGUAUAAAUUUUAAGGCAUUUGAGCAAAUGAAGAUAAUUGAGUACUACUUCAUAUAGUAAAUGAUAUUAAAAUUUGGGGAGAGAGAACUAAUACUCACUGAGUACUGACCAGGUACCAGCCAUUUUACAUGUAUUUCAUUUCUUAUUCCAAGUCAAUGAAGUGGGUGAUUUCCUCCAUUUUAUUGCCCCAGGAAUUGAGACUCAGAGGUGUUAAGUAACUUGAGGAUCCAGGAAAAUUGCAGGCACAAUAACUUG